UUUGCAAAGACUAAGGCAAACAUUCGCUUGCCCUCCACAUGGCUUACUGGCUAGAGUAAUAACAAAUGGUAUGUAAAUGUUACCAUGGUGGUUCUUCUGUGGGCUGUAGUUUGGUCCAUUACUGGCAGUGAAUGUCUUCCUGGAGGAAACCUGUUUGGAAUUAUAAUCCUUUUCUAUUGUGCCAUCAUUGGAGGUAAACUUUUGGGGCUCAUUAAGUUACCUACGUUGCCUCCACUGCCUCCUCUUCUUGGCAUGCUGCUUGCGGGCUUUCUCCUGAGAAACAUCCCUGUGGUCAGUGAUAACGUACAGAUCAAGCACAAGUGGUCUUCUACGUUGAGAAGCAUAGCCCUGUCUAUUAUAUUGAUUCGUGCCGGCCUUGGGCUUGAUUCAAAGGCCCUGAAGAAGUUGAAGGGUAUUUGUAUGCGGUUAUCCAUGGGUCCUUGUCUUGUGGAGGCGUGCACGUCUGCUCUUCUUGCUCACUUCCUGAUGGGUCUGCCAUGGCAAUGGGCAUUUAUCCUGGGUUUUGUUGUAGGUGCCGUCUCUCCAGCUGUCGUGGUGCCUUCCAUGCUCCUUCUGCAGGAAGGAGGCUAUGGUGUUGAAAAAGGUAUCCCGACCUUACUCAUGGCUGCUGGCAGCUUUGAUGACAUUCUGGCCAUCACCGGCUUCAACACCUGCUUGGGCAUGGCCUUUUCCACAGGCUCCACAGUUUUUAAUGUCUUCAGAGGAGUUUUGGAGGUGGUAAUUGGUGUGGCAACUGGAUCUCUUCUUGGAUUUUUCAUUCAGUACUUUCCAAGCAGUGACCAGAGCAAACUUGUGUGGAAGAGAGCAUUCCUUGUCCUGGGGCUCUCUGUGCUAGCGGUGUUCAGCAGCAUGUAUUUUGGUUUCCCUGGGUCAGGAGGACUGUGCACUUUGGUCAUGGCUUUCCUUGCAGGCCUGGGAUGGACCAACAAAAAGGCAGAGGUUGAAAAAAUUAUUGCAGUUGCCUGGAGUGUCUUUCAGCCCCUUCUCUUUGGAUUGAUUGGAGCAGAGGUAUCUGUUGCAUCUCUCAGACCAGAAACUGUAGGCCUUUGUGUUGCCACCCUGGGCACUGCAGUAUUGAUACGAAUUUUGACUACAUUUCUGAUGGUGUGUUUUGCUGGUUUUAACAUAAAGGAAAAGAUAUUCAUUUCUUUUGCAUGGCUUCCGAAGGCCACAGUCCAGGCUGCAAUAGGAUCUGUAGCUUUGGACACAGCCAAAUCACAUGAAGAGAAACAGUUAGAAGAAUAUGGCAUGGAUGUGUUGACAGUAGCAUUUUUGGCCAUACUCAUCACAGCCCCAAUUGGAAGUCUGCUGAUUGGUUUGCUGGGCCCCAGGCUUCUCCAGAAAGCUGAACAUCAAAAUAGAGAUGAAGAAGUUGAAGGAGAGAUUGAUAUACGAUUUUAGAGGUGAAAAACAGAAAAAGAAAGAAUGCUGAAUAUACUGAUUAGAAAGCUGCUAACAGAGGCUACUUUUAUCAACUAGCAGAGGCAAACUUUAUCAAGACAGAUACUGAAAUAUGUAAUGCUUAAGCUUAAAAUGUAAUAGAACCAAAAGUGUGGCUAUUUCUUUAAACAGCAUUUUUAGCCCAUUACCCUUUCCAUGUGGGUGGUGAUGUUCUGCAACUCCAACCUGAUCUCUCUACCUUAUUUUUUUUUUUUCCAAACACUCCUUCAUCAUAUAUCUUAAUUUGCAUAGGGAUAUAUACACUUUAAUUUGCUACCACAAUUUAAAAUUCACUUGGGAAAGACCAAGUUCACAAUCCUGUUCUGCCAGCCAACAGCUUUCUUUGACUCACUGUUACUGUCACAGCUUCAUGAUUUGUGGUCACCUAGCCUCUCAUGUGUUGAGCUGGCUCCUCUUUUUUGGCCCCUCUUUUCUUUUUUGUUUUUAAAUACCAUAAUCCAGUCCCUCAUCAGUUUCUACCCUCACUUUCCCUGCUAAUCUGCCUCACCUCCACCCCUUUUAUUAUAAUUUACUGGCCCCACCAAAAUAUUCAAGUACACAGAGCAUCUUCAUUGGUUCUUCCUCUUGCACUUAUCUAUAUGCCAGAAGACCUUAUUCUGACUCCUAGCUGGCUGCCCAGAGCUCCCCAUUUCCGUGGCCCAGCUGACUUUGCCUCCCCUUACAGAUGCACUGUCCUAGCCCUUUUUUAUUUGUUUCAGGCUCUUCCUGUUCUCCAGGUGAGACAGAGCUAAUUUUCAAAUCUAUUGCCAACCUCAUAAUUAUCAUAUCAAUCAAGGUAAGAUAAGCUGCUCUAAUGAAGAAACAAAAAAUACAGUGCUUAAAAGAAAACAGAAACUCAUUUCCCUGUCAUGCAACUGGCUGGCUGGUUGAUGCGAGGCGUAGAGGUAUGGGCAGACUCAGGGGUGUCAGUGACUGAAUUGUGUGGCUUUAGGAUGGGGGCCAUUUCCCCCACUUUUCCUUGAAGCUGACCAGUGCCUCCCCCUCAUGAGAGAUCCACUAGACCCACUCUCUGUGCUCCCAUUGGCCCCACCCUCCAGGCGCCUGGUGGCUCCACCCUGCCAAGGUCUCUGCAGAAUCCAGGACAGACUGAGUUGUGUGGCUCUGGGGCAGGGGCUAUUCCUCCCACUUUCACCCAAGCCUGACCAGAACCUCCCCCUCUCCUGACUCCCUGCAGCUGCACACUGCUGAGAUUGGGCUCAUGGCAGAAGAAGAAAAAGCAGAGAAAGAUAAUUAAAAGAAUAAAAUGGAAAAU